AUGGAUAUUCCUGAAAGACCUUCAUCUGCUGCGCUCCGGCGUAGCAGCUCUGCGCGCCGAACAAUGCGUCGCCGCGACUCCAAUAUGAGCAAUGCCAGCUUCGUCUCCGAGGUCGAAAUGGCUACCGAUGAGCUAUUCUCCGGGCCCAUUUCUGAAAGCGUGCCGAGUAGCAUGACUGGCUUCGCAUAUCAACGGCCGAGGCAGCGGAAAGGAUCGAUAUCCAGCUUUACCUAUUUUCAAGACGAGCAAGAAACUCCCGAGUAUUCCGACGAGGAAGCCGUUUUAGAUGUCAGUGAUGAAGAGGAUGGAAACAUAGCCAUCACGGAUCACGAUCUGGAGGCCGGGGAAGUGGACUCUCUGCGACGAAAGUCGUCUGGGAGAUUACGAUCGUCCUCCGAUCAGCCUCUACUUAGACGCCAUGAGUCCGCUCGCAGCGACAUUCAAGAACAUGAUGAUGGAGGUAGCUUCAGUCAAAAGCUGUACAUUGAGACUGAAGACCUCACCAUGGUCAUUGCCGGCUUCUCCACAUCCUCCCUUGGUUUCAUGCUUUAUAUCGCGAUCUGCGUCUUAACUGCUGGCAUUGGCUAUCUCGUCUUUCGUUGGGUCCCUAGCUGGCGUAUCUCCAUUGUUGGCUCCCCCGCGCCCCUCAAGAAAUGCUCUUGGGUCGUUGUAGAGGUGAGCUAUGGCCCGCCACAGAAACUGCUGCGAAGAAAGACUAAACGACUUCAGAACCAAUGGGGCGAAUUUUCCAUCCACUACAUCUCAGAACAAGAGUAUGGCCAUCCCCUGUCCACGGUUUUCACCCCAUCUCAGAAAGAAAAGACCAACAGCUAUCGCUACGAUGACGAUCAAGAUUUACCUGUCCUACGCUCCCUCAAUUAUAGAUAUAUGCGCCUUCUUUUUCACCCUGUUCAAGACAAGUUUGUCCUCAAUAACGAUUGGUGGGAUCCACAAUGGACCGACGUCAAAGCUCUUCGAGAAGGUCUGGACUCUGAGGAGAGAGAUCCGAGAGAUCAAGUCUUUGGCAAGAACAUGAUUGAAAUUGAGCAAAAACCGAUUGCUCAACUGCUUCUUGACGAGACAAUGGAACGACUCAGAGAGAUUUCACGAUUCGAGUGCGAUGUGCGUGUCCUGCGCAACGGCUUUUGGCGUUCUGCGGUGUCUGGCGAUCUUGUACCGGGCGAUGUGUAUGAAGUAUCUGAUCCGUCAUUGUCUCAACUUCCGUGUGACAGUCUCCUUCUUGCAGGAGAUUGCAUCAUCAACGAGAGCAUGUUGACAGGGGAAUCGAUUCCAGUAUCAAAAAUUCCAAUUACGGAUGAAGCACUACUUUAUGUGGAUCUUGGAGCGACAUCCAUACACCCCAGUGUUGCCCGCCAUUUUCUAUUCUGUGGUACAAAGAUAAUCCGUGCAAGACGUCCGCAAGACACAGACGAUGACGAGGCUGUUGCACUUGCGCUGGUUGUUCGGACCGGAUUCAAUACUACCAAAGGCGCCCUCGUCCGUUCGAUGCUCUUCCCCAAACCCUCUGGCUUCAAAUUCUACCGUGACUCGUUCCGCUACAUCUCAGUCAUGGGAGGUGUUGCGACCAUUGGUUUCAUCGCAUCCUUCAUUAACUUCAUUAAACUUGGAUUGGCGUGGCAUUUGAUCGUUGUCCGAGCCCUAGACUUGAUCACGAUCGUUGUUCCACCUGCACUGCCUGCAACUCUUACUAUCGGGACUAACUUUGCAUUAUCUCGACUCAAAAAACAACAGAUCUUUUGCAUCAGUCCGCAGAGGGUCAAUGUGGCUGGGAAACUUGACAUAGUCUGCUUUGACAAAACCGGCACGUUGACUGAAGACGGUCUUGAUGUGCUGGGAGUUCGGCUUGUUCAACAUCCAGAAAUUCGGUUUGGGGACAUUCUUGAGGAGGCACACGAAGUUCUUCCACCAGCAUCCUAUGAUCGCGAUCCUACAGUGGAUUAUCGCGUCAACAAGAAUAUGUUGUACACCAUGGCAUCUUGCCAUUCAUUGCGACUUGUGGACGAUGAGCUGAUCGGGGACCCACUCGACUUGAAAAUGUUCCAAUUCACCGAAUGGUCCUUCGAGGAAGGAUCACGAAAUACCAGCCACUUUAUUGAGCCAGGCACUCAUCAUCCGGCUCCCAGCGUUGCUCGCCCACCUCAGGGUUUGGAGUACGACCUAGAUGACUCCCAAGAGACGAGUAAUCCAAUUCGUGUUGAGCUUGGUGUCCUUCGCUCAUUCGAUUUUGUUUCGCACCUUCGAAGAGCCAGCGUCAUCGUCCGCCAGUAUGGAGAUCCUGGUGCCAAUGUGUAUGUCAAAGGUGCACCAGAAGUGAUGAAAGAUAUCUGUACGGCUUCAAGCAUACCUGACGAUUUUGAUGACUUGCUCAGCUACUACACGCACAAAGGCUUUCGUGUUAUUGCAUGCGCCUCGAAGUAUGCUUCCAGAAUCAGCUCCGAGGAGAUUCAACUAAUGGAUCGCACGGCUGCUGAGUCACGACUACAGUUGAUCGGGUUCAUAGUCUUCGAGAACAAGCUCAAAGAUAUCACGACCGAGAUCAUUGAAGAGCUGAACGAAGCUCGGAUUCGCAAUGUCAUGUGCACAGGCGACAAUAUUCUUACCGCUAUCAGCGUGGCAAGAGAAUGUGCUUUGAUUGAUCGAAAUGCCCACUGCUUCGUCCCUCAUUUCAUCCAAGGAGACAAAAUGGAUCCGAAGGCAUGCUUGACAUGGGAAAGUGUGGACAAUCCAAUCUAUCAGCUUGACGAAAAUACUCUUCUCCCCGCACCACUGGCCACCGAGGACGACAAUGCAGCUCCUUAUGAUGCAUUGGCGAUCGGAGAAUAUACCCUAGCCGUCACAGGUGAUGCAUUCCGAUGGAUCGUCGAUUUCGGCUCGAGGGAGAUUCUGGAGCGCAUGCUUGUGAAGGGUGCUGUCUUCGCUCGCAUGUCACCAGAUGAGAAACAUGAGUUGGUCGAGAAGCUACAAAGCAUUGACUACUGCUGCGGCUUUUGUGGCGAUGGCGCCAAUGACUGCGGUGCACUAAAAGCUGCUGACGUUGGUGUCUCUCUCUCAGAAGCCGAAGCCUCUGUGGCAGCUCCUUUCACGAGCCACAUUUUUGACAUUUCUUGUGUCCCAGCCCUCAUAAAAGAAGGCCGUGCAGCUCUUGUCACCAGUUUCUGCUGUUUCAAAUACAUGAGUCUGUACUCGGCCAUCCAGUUCACAUCCGUCAGCUUCCUAUAUGCAUCCGCUUCUAAUUUGGGCGACUUUCAAUUCUUGUUCAUUGAUCUGGCCUUGAUAUUGCCGAUAGCAAUCUUCAUGGGCUGGACAGGAGCAUAUCCAGUCUUGAGCACUAAACGCCCGACUGCGAGUCUGGUCUCUAGAAAAGUACUCACACCACUCCUUGGCCAGAUUUUACUCUGCAUCCUGGUGCAACUCGUUGCAUUCCAGACUGUGCAAAGUCAACCGUGGUAUCAACCUCCUCAGCUGGACAAGGAGAAAUCAAGUGUCGACAACUCGCAAAACACUGCGCUAUUUCUGGUGUCCUGCUUCCAAUAUAUCCUCUCAGGAAUUGUUCUCAGCGUUGGGCCACCAUUUCGCCAAUCUAUGACUGCUAAUGUGCCAUUCGUUGUCACACUAGUCGUAGUACUACUCAUGUCACUGUACAUGCUUCUCGACCCGGCCAAAUGGCUAGCAAAUUUCAUGGACUUGACCGAGAUGUCACUCGACUACGAGUUAUUCUUGCUUGCACUUGCGACCACAGGCUUUGCUGGCGCAUAUCUUGCAGAACGAUAUUUCCUACCCGUCCUGGCCAAAUAUGUCGGCAAGUUAAAAUUGUACCUACGGCCUUCACAUCCCAAAAAACGGAAACUGUAUAAACUAAUCGCGGAGGAUAUUCUGGUUAGCAAAUAA